CAGGUUGUUGGUAUAGCUCUUCUUGCUCUUGGUAUAUGGGGAGUGAUAGAACUAAAGAACUAUUUAGCCCUCUCGGAACAGGACUACUCCAGCGUUCCAUACGUCUUAAUUGGGACAGGAAGCUUCAUGGUUGCUACAGGACUCAUCGGGUGUUACGCAAUCGUCAAAAACAUCACAUGGUUUCUACAUCUAUACACUGUUAUGGUCUUUGUGGUCUUCAUCGCACUAUUUGCCUGUGGAAUUGCUGGGUUUAUAUUUGAAAAAGGACUUACAUCAAGCUUCAAAAGUGGUCUUGCAACACAUAUUGAGGAAUAUGGAGCAACAGAUACAGAUGGACUUGACAAAUAUGUUGAUAAUCUUCAAGAAACUCUAUUCUGCUGCGGGGGUACAAACUACUCAGACUGGCUGGCAGGUACCACAUGGUCAGAGUCCCAUACAGACACUGUACCCGUUAGCUGCUGCAACACAACAGUAGAUGCCCAGGUCUGUGAAGACGCCAAGCCAAAGGAUGGUGUCCAGAUAUCGGGCAACAAUGGAACGCUAUAUAUAUUUGAUGAGGGCUGUUCUGCUAAGGUGUCAUCAUUCCUGAGCAGUAAAAUGGGCAUCAUUGCUGGCAGUGCUCUUGCAUUUGGAGCUUUCCAGUUAAUUGGAAUUGUGCUAUCCUGCUGCCUUGCCAAGAUGAUUAAUGCCAAUAAAUAUGAGAUGAUGUGAGGUAGUCUACUUAAAUGAUGCACCAUCAUGUCACAUUACAAGUUGGAGACUAAUCACAGCAAUCUCUUCACAUCUCCCUACGUAUUAUGUUCAUGCCAAAAUUAUGUUUGCCCAGAAUUUGAUUUCCCCAAUUGAUUAAAAUUUAGCUGUGUUUUUGGACUUAAGAGAAGAGAUAAGGGUCCCGUCUUGUACAGAGCUACGAUUGAUCUGAUCACCUUCAACGAUGGAAAUCCAUCAAUGUCAUAAUUUUUUCAUCCAGGAAAUUGACACAUCAUCCCUUUGAAAGAAAGAAAUCAAGGCCUAGUCACACAGAUUAGUAAUUGAUUUUAGGACUCAUCUUUAAAGUGAUUGCUUAGUUCAGUAUUUGCUAGGGAUUGAUAAGGACAAUUGUACAAUCAAUCGCUAAUUUUGUGCUGCAAGGCCCAGUUCUUUGCGGAAUACAAUGAAACCGGCUGAUAUUAUGCCGUUAAAAAUGAUAAUAAUAUUCAUGGGGAGUACUGGUGACUCUGCCUAUGUCCAAUCUCCUGUAACCCCCAAAAUCUGUUUGACCUACAUGAAAUUGAAUUAGAAUUUAUUAUGAACUCUCUUCCAUAUUCUGGGCCCGUAACACAAAGGUUAGCGAUUACUUGUUAAUUCGAAAGAGCAAUUAAGAUCGAUUUACUGAGCAAACAGACAUGCAACGAUGGUCUUGAUAGGCCCCGGUCAACAACAAUGCUUUGAGUUAGACACUAAUUUGACUUAAGCCCGGCUCACGCUCUGCGAUUUGUUGUGAUCCGAUUUUCAAAGAAAUAAUAACAUUUGACAUAAACAUUCCAACAAAAAAUCUUGAUGAUCCGAGGUCAGGAUUGUUGUAGGACUACUGAAAUCAAACUUCAAUGUAAUACUACCCUCAAUGUAGGAAUAAAAGAAAAUUCAAUUCCAAAUCGUAAUGACGUCAAUCAUCCGCUGCAACUUGAAGCCGAUUUGGAAUUUACUCAGACAACAGGGCUUGCCGCAAAGCAAAAUUAUGAUUUCAUUGUUCUUAACAUUAUGCCAAACUUCAAAUAAAGUAAUUUUUCUUUUUGGAACUUUCAUAGUAUCUAAUGCAAAAUGAGAUUUAAUGUUGUAUUGGAUCGCACAGUGUGUGAGACAGGCUUUAUGGAAGAUCUCCUUAUGCGGAUCCUUUCAAAAGUGCCAAAUCCACAUUGAUUAUGUGCUCAAGGCUCUGAGGAAACUAAAAGCAUGGAGGGAAGUGACAAUGAGAUCAACAGUCACAACAGUGAAAGGAAACUACUGGAAGACAAUUUUAAACAAAUGGGUUUUAAGGCAAUUAACAUUUAAAAUAUUUUGAAUAUGAUGUUGCAAUUUAUUUCACGGGACAAAUCUAGCAUGUGCAAAUGAUCAAUCCCCUAUAAUCCUUAGAUAUGGGUAAUAAUCUUGGGUUUUUCUUUAUGGAGUCUGUAUUGCUGAUGUGACUGCAGCGUAAGUGCUAAGAGUGAUCUAUAGCUGGAUCAUAAAUAAUUUUUAUUUCAAAAUAUAUAGUCACUCAGAUUGUUUAGUUGAUAACUGGAAAAAGCUGUAAUUCUCCAGUUUUAUCAUAUAAUCACUGAUGAAUAGUCUGGAAAAUUAGCGAUGAAAAAUCAGAAAAAAAAUACAUCAAUGGAUACAUUAAAUUGAAAACUUUAUGAAUAUAUAACAAAAUAGAAAUAUAGCAAGAAUCAUGUUCAUAGAAAUAUAUCCAGAUUCAUGUUAAUAGAAAUAUAUCAAGUAUCAUGUUAAUGUUUAGCAAGGAAACUAGCUACAAGAUGUGCAAUUGUACAGUCUUAAUUUCUGUAUUAAGCUGGUGAUAUCUAUAUCAUUUUUCAACUAAUUGGUAAUGUACACAUCUUACUCUUUUCUUAUACUAUCACAUUUAUCUAUUUAGAUAUGUCAAGGAAUUAUUGCAUCUUUUUAAAGGAGUUUACAAAAAGCAAACGUUUCUUGUUUGAUUGGAUAAUUUGGUCCAUAAUGUGAACAAGGGCCCUAUAUGCCAUUUGAUAUCAAUGGCACUAAAGACCUGUGUUCACAUGAUGGAUUUGAUUUGAUCUUUAGCAAAUUGUGUGAAACAUAAACAUGAAAAUAAUUGUUUUCACCUCAGAAAAUAUGUGGUUUUCAUUUAAUAAACUUCUUCUUUCAUUUCUUGUAUGCCUAUACAUAUAUUUUUAAGAUAUAUUAUCUUAUCCAUUGCUUUUAUGUAAUCAAAAUUAAUAAUAUUGAAACUUGAUAGAAUUUUAUUUCAUUCAAAUUUUUUAUCAAAACAUCAGCAUUAUUGAAGACAGUUAUGAGUGGUCGAUUGCCCAUUUUCAAAUGCUGCUAAUAUUCAUUUAUGAUAAUUGUACAGCUGUACCAUCUUAUUCUAAUAGUCUUGUUUCAGGUGCUUGCAAUAUAUGCAAAGCAGGGUAAAACUGGUCACGCUUAUGAGGAUCAUGCGACUAAAGGUUCACAUUUUUAGCAUGUAAUAUAGGAAUUCAGGAUAUAUUUAUUUUUAUUAUUAGGCUGAUAUAGAUAUGCUUCUGCUAUUUUUAGUGUUAUUUUCCCAGCAUUUUGCUUUAUUUAUAACUGGUAGAAUUGAUAGAUUGAUAUAUGUAUUCACCCUUGAUUUUUUUAUAUGAGUUUAUGCCGUUCUGCAUGUUAAUAAUAGGUAGAUUUUGCAUUUACUUCGCGGAAACUCUCUACAACGCAUCGAUUCCUUUGAAAAUGCAGUUAAAAUCACAAUGGAGAGCAGAGAGGCUUUUGUUGAAAGUUGGUGGACUGGGACAGCAGAUCAUCUGAAGAUUUUCACCGGAAGAACAAUUGCAAAUAUGUUGUUGUCCGGAGUCAAGGAAUUCUGAUGCUGUCCCUGUCCAACCAACUUUCGACAAAAGCCUCUCAGCUCUUCAUUGUAGAGACUGGCCCCGUAGUAAACGCGAAAAGUCCGGAAUGUGUGGAUAGAGGGGUUUGCAUCUUCUUUAAAAGACAUUUUGAGCCUACUAUUGUACUUCUCACCUUUUUCCAUUAUUUAUUAUUCAAUUCAUUAUUGUGUUAUUAGAGAGAUAUAACAAGUAAGCAAAUUUGAAGAAAGAAUAAUCAUCAAUUUUUUUUAAAUCAAAUGAUUCGUCAUGAUAACUUCACUUUUAUAGUUUUUACCUUGGAAAUGUCACUGUUUUGAAUUUUUUAACAUUAAUACAGAUAAUGUUUGAAUUUGAAAAUUAACCAAUGAGCUAGUAGUUGCUUGUAAAUCAUUAAAUGCCAUAUACAGGUACUAAAGUUGCUGCCAUUAUUUACAAUAUUUGUAUUCAUUGUUAAUUUUAAUGUGAUUUUGGCAGGUAAUUGCUCCCAACAGGCAGUGUAUGGCAUGCAAUGAAUUUUAUUAGAAUCAUCCUUAUGUGUGAGUUUUAGGUACCGUAAGUCAGAUGCCAAUUAUUCUAUUAUCUUGUUGCUUUUAUGGGUAGAAAACUAUGCAUUUCUAUCAAAAAUUGUUCACAUAUUAUAAUGCUUGUGUUCACUUUCUAUAAUGCAAGAAAUAUACAAACAUACUAACUCUAUUCUUAAUUGCAAACUAUGCACUGAAAUGUGGAAAUGAUAUACUAACUCAUUGGGCUGAAUGUUAUUUUACAUCUUUAUUGCAUGCACUCAGAAUCAUGUAUGUAUUUGUAUAGAUAUAUCUUAUCAAAACAUGUAACCAUUAGUUAAGUCAAAUUAUCAAGUUUAGUCAAAAGUUAUGUAGAUAUGAUGUUAGUUGUUUUGUGAAUAUGUGUACUAAAAUGAGGAUAUAUCUCUUGUGCUUUGUACUCAAAAUUGGAUUUCAUUCAUCAGCUUUUUAGAGCUAAACAAGAGUGGAAAUAAUUGUUUUAUUUUGAUUUGCAAUGAAUACUAAGUGGCCUAUUUUAAAUUCAAAUUAAUGUUUUCAUCAAUCAUUUUCUGCAAUGUGUGGCUAAUAAUUCAGUCAUACAUGAGGAUAAAUGCCUUACCAAAGGGGACCAGCCCACCAUGUGGGAAUGAAUAGAACCCGGGUCACCAGAAUACGGAACCGGAAUACGAAACACCCGCUCUACAGACUGAGCUUAUCGCGCCAAAGUCCAAAACUAGAAAGAAGACAUUUUUUAUACACCAUUUACUGAUCCCUUAACAAAAUCUGCCAACAUGACCAAAGUCAGGCAAGCAAGUUUAGAUGUUAUUAUUUAUUAAUAUUUAACAACAAUAUUGUACAAGUAUACAAUUUUCUCUGAUAUGCUGCCACCUUCUAUCUUGUAAUUGUAUGGCUGUUUGAAGAAAUUUUUAAAAGGUGUUUUUUUUUUCUUUUAUAAAACAAUAAAAUGUUAGAGGCAAUACUGUGAAUUAUUGAUCAACACAUUUUGUGAAUGUAAUACUUUUAUUAAGUUUGAGUUUAUGAAUCCUCAUCUUUGCAAUUUCCUUUCUUCUGAAAGAGGUUUCUUUAAACUCAUGCUGUAAGAUGUGCUGAGUGUGCUUUGGGAAAUCUCAAAAUAUUUCCUGUUAGCACCAUUUAAAUACCACACUUGUCUGCACAUAUCAAAGGGUGCCUUUAUUGAAAAACAAUAUUGAAGAAAUUAAAAAAUACUCUUGUUAAAAGUAAAAUUAAAGUUUAGAAUGCCUUGAAAUUGAUUUUAUAUCAUCAGGUUCAAAUACUGCCACUUGAAGACCCUUUAUUUCAUUCUCUCCCAUUCUCACUUCUCUUUCUAAUCCACUCCCCCUACCCCUCAAUCUCCAUGUCGAAUGGAUGUAUAAUUUUUUACUGUAAAAAGGCAAAACAUUAUCCAACCACUGCUUUGGUCCUCUUUUAAGCUGAAUAUUAAUUUUAGACUAAUAUUGAUAUUAGUCUAACAUAAUCUUAGAUUAAGUGACUUUACCAUUCUUUUGUACCAUUUCAGUUAAUUCAUGCUAAAGGAGAAGUUCACUCUGAUAAAAGUUUAUUAUUGAAAUUGCAGAAAAAAGUAAUAAUAUAUUGGUGAAGGUAUAGGGAAAAUCCACCUAUGAUUAAAAAAGUUGUUAGAAUUCUAAUUUUUUUGUUUUGUGAUAUAGGCGAGCAGCUUUCCCAUGUAUUGUGAAGUAAAAAAAUAAAGAAAUCAAUGAAAUGUAUUUUCAAAAAAAAUUAAAUAGUUUUUAUUUUAUCUUCAGUAUCAACGGACAAAUCCUUUCACACCAGCUCCUGAAAGAAAAAAAAUGGUCAUCAUGAACCACUAAAAAAUUAACUUCAUGCAAAUUUAGUUACAAACAUAUGUUGCAACUGCUCUAUAUGAUGUCACAAUUCAAAAACAUUCUUAUAACUUUCUUAAUCUUUGAUGGCUAACCAUCAGCUACAUUUUUUCCCAUUUUUAUAACAAACUUUUCGUCAGGGUGAUCUUCCCUUUUAUGACAAGCUUCAGAAUCAGAACAAUUCAAGAUCCCGUUAUGACUGCCUUGCAUUGAUUUUGACUUUAAAUCAUCGCUUUGUCAAUGUGUCUUAUUUAUGAUCACUUGAGUAUUUUAAUGUAUAUCAAAUGUUCUUAAAAUUUCUGAUGAUAUUCCUAUCUGCUUUAUUAUAAUGCCAUGUAUGUCAAUGUGAAAAAUAAAUGAGCUAAUAAUUGUGAAGAAAA